AUGGUUGCGGGCACGAACGAGCUGAUUCCGGAUCUUCCGGACGGUCCACUAACACCAUACCGUAAGGCCGCAUCCUUCGACUGGAAGGCGCUGAAAAUGGCGCUGGAGGGGGAGGAUAGCAUAAAAUUUAAGAAUGAAGUCUACAGUGUGCUGGCGAGGGACCCGGUUUUUGCCCGUGAUUUCGGCCGCCCGUCCACUCAAGAAUACCGCGAGAUCAACCACCGCCGCUGGAAGGCCAUUCUCCAGCACAAAUUCAUCGAUGAUUUCUUUGCCGAAAUCGAGCGGACGCAGGAUCUGCUGGAGAUCCUCGAGACGUACGACCAGGGGUUGAGUGGGCGGUACGCACUACAUGCUAAUGUGUUCUUCUCGGCGAUUCUGACGAUGGGCACGGAUAAGCAUGCAAAGCUGUUGGAGCAGACGCGGAACAAUCAGAUCGUCGGCUGCUUUUGCCUGACUGAGCUGGUCUUCAACACGCCCAACGACGGGGCCGUCAAGUGCUGGGCCGGCAAUUUGGCCCAAUCGGCCACCCAUGCCGCCGUCUUUGCGAGGCUGAUCGUUGGCGGAAAGGAUCAUGGGCCUCAUGCCUUUGUGUUGCAAGUUAGGGACCCAAAUACCUACCGCACCCUGCCCGGGAUCACGAUCGGCGAUAUGGGCACGAAGGCCGGGGUGUGGGAUGGCGUGGAAAAUGGGUGGAUGAGUUUUUCGAAUCACCGUGCCUCACUGGAUACCCUAUUAAACCGCGGCUGCGACAUCACCCCGACAGGUGAAUACAAAAGCGCCUACUCGUCCAGCCGGGAGCGCCAGUCUGUCAGCCUCGGCUCACUGAGUGCAGGCCGUAUUGGCAUCGUCGGAAAAGGAGCCCUGGCCUGUCGCCUAGCCUCAACGAUCGCCAUCCGAUACAGCUGUGCCCGACAUCAAUUUGGAGAGAAGCCGGGGCAAGAGAAUGAACGGGCGGUGAUCAGCUACCCUCUGCAACGUCAUCGCCUAUUCCCGAUCCUCGCCCAGGCCUUUGUACUCCGACUUUACCAUAUGAAACUGCUCGACCACUUCCGGGAGUACAUGAUGCGCAUGGUGGGCGGGGAGAAGAGCCCGGAAUUGGCCGAACUGUCAAAAGAAGUGCACGGCCUUUCCUCAUCCACCAAACCGCUCUCGACGUGGAUGGGCGUGGCGGCGCUGGCCGAAGCGCGGACCUGCUGUGGUGGCCAUGGCUACCUCCAAUCGUCGCGUCUCAACGCACUGCGCGACGACUUCGACCCGUCGCAAACGUUUGAGGGCGAAAACAACGUUCUGCUCCAACAAACUUCCAAUUGGCUGCUGGUGAAGAAGGCGAGCGGCCACUUCUCGAGCCCGAUGGGCACCACCGACUUUUUGGGCGAGUCAGGCGGACUGAUCGAAGGGGAUAUCGUCAAAAAAGUCCUGUCCGCGUACACCUGGCUCGUCCACUACCUCAUCGCCAAAACCGAGGCCAAGCACAAGGAGCUCAAAGCGCAGGGGAAAAGCCAAUUUGACGUGCGGAACGAGUCGCAGGUCUACACGGCUCACACCUUAUCCGUAGCGUACGGUGAGCGCGCAAUCCUAUCAUGGGCCCAAUUAUACGUCGACGACGCGGAGAAACAGUUCCAACCCGUCCUCCAACGUCUCGUGAACAUCUUCGCCCUCGACCGCAUCGAGAAACACCUGGCGACGCUGUACAUCGGCGGCUUCUGCUCUGGCUCGAGUCUCGGGGAAUGGGUGCGCGAGAGCCUCAUCGCCGAGGAGCAAAAGUUGGCGCCAGACGCCGUGGCCCUCGUCGACGUCAUCGCACCGCCAGACUUUGUCCUCAACUCGGCGCUAGGAAGUAGUGAUGGAAGAGCCUACGAUCACCUGAUGGCCGAAUUCCGGCGUCACACCGAUCAGCGUGCGCCCUUCUGGGGCGACCUCGUAGGCUUCCUCCACGAGAAGAGCAAGCUU